AUGCACGAUAAUGACCCCCAUCGUAUUUCGUUGCUUCAAGCCUUAAAUAUUUUAUCUCUCUUUAUUACUCGCCCUCAAUUACUCACAAUGAACUCUUUCCAUUUUUCAAGUGAUACUUUUCUUUAUUAUUUUCAUCAUUACUGCUCUUAUUAUAUUAUUAUUAUACACAUACACUCACAACAGUCUCCUAUCAUUAUUAUUACUAUUAUUAUUAUUAUUGUCAGUAUUAUAACCCUUAGUGAUAUUUAUAAAAUAUACCAAAUUGUAAGAUCAUUAAUUUUUCAUAUAUUGACACACUAG